AUGUCGUUGAGGAACGCUGCGAGGGCGGUGGCGAGGGCCACCGCCAGGCCGUGGGGGCGAGCGGCGGUCCCUAGCAAUGCCGACACCGCAGUCGCACCGCUUCGCGCAUCCGGUCGAAGGCAGAUAAGCGAUUUUCCAGGAGGGUCAAACGGCGACGACGCGUGGGCGACCCGAAUGUGGAAUACCAUGCGCGCAAGAUCCAGGCAGCGCAGUGCGCGUGCCUUCCACAGCAGCUCCAACGCCGCGAGCGAGGGCGGAUCCGCGACGCCGACGAGCGGCGGUGGGAUCAUGGUCGCGAGCGGGCACCCUUCGAGCCACCCUCAGGUGCUCGUCGUCCCUUUGAACCGACGCCCGCUGAUGCCCGGGGUGAUCAUGCCCGUGCGUGUGAUGGACGAGCGGCUCAUCCAGGAGAUCGAGGAGAUGAAGGCGCGCGGGCAGGCGUACGUGGGCACCUUCCUCAAGCGAACCGAGGGCGAGAGCGAAAACGUGAGCGACCCGAGCGACGACAUGCACGACAUAGGCACGUUCGCGCAGGUUCAAUCCGUGAUUCGAAUCCCCGACAUCUCCGCGGACACGCUCAAGGACGAGGACGAGAAGGGAUCGUCGGUUGGGGACGACAAGGUGGACAUCAAGGCCAAGGCAGAGGCUCGGGUCAGGGCGGCAAAGGGCGAGGAUGGCGGCGGCGGCGCGACGCUGCUGCUGCUCGGGCACCGCCGGCUUCGCAAGACGGCGACGGUGCGACACCAGCCCAUGGUGGUGCAGGUGGACCACAUCAAGGAUCCGAAGGUGGCGGACAGGGACGACGACGACGUCCUCAAGGCCACGGCGAACGAGGUCAUCGCCACGAUCAAAGACCUUCUCAAGGUGAACCCGCUCGCGAAAGAGACGCUUCAGUACUUUGCGCAGAGGUUCCAGGAUUUCCAGGACCCCGCCAAGCUCGCCGACCUCGCCGCGUCGAUGUGCAGCGCGGACGACGGCGCGCUUCAGGAGAUUCUGGACACUCUCGACGUCCGCGAGCGCCUCCAGGCCGCGCUCGUGCUCCUGAAAAAGGAGGUUGAGCUGGGUAAGCUGCAGGCGGACAUUGGCCGGCGUGUCGAGGAGAAGAUCUCCGGCGACCAGCGCCGAUACUUCCUCAUGGAACAGCUCAAGUCCAUCAAGAAGGAGCUCGGCAUGGAGAGGGACGAUAAGACGGCGCUGCAGGAGAAGUUCCGGGAGAAGUUCGCGCCGUUCAAGGACGGAGCGCCCGCGCACGCCGUGAAGACAAUCGACGAGGAGUUGAACAAACUCGCCGGAUUGGAGCCGUCGUCGUCGGAGUUUAACGUCACCAGGAACUACCUCGAGUGGCUCACGUCCAUCCCGUGGGGCCACUCGUCCGAGGAACGGCUGGAUAUCUCGCAGGCGGCGGAUGUCCUCGAUGCCGACCACUACGGCUUGGAGGAUGUCAAGGAGCGAAUCCUGGAGUUUAUCGCGGUGGGCCAGCUGCGCGGAACGACGCAGGGCAAGAUCAUCACCAUGGUGGGACCCCCGGGCGUCGGUAAGACGUCCAUCGGGCAGAGCAUCGCGCGCGCGCUGGAUCGAAAAUUCUUCCGCUUCUCCGUCGGAGGUUUGAGCGACGUCGCGGAGAUCAAAGGGCACAGGCGCACGUACGUGGGCGCCAUGCCCGGUAAGCUGGUGCAGUGCCUCAAGAGCACGGGCGUUUCCAACCCGGUGGUUCUGAUCGACGAAGUCGACAAGCUCGGGCGCGGGUUCCAGGGUGAUCCGGCGUCCGCGCUGCUCGAGCUCCUCGAUCCGGAGCAGAACGGAUCGUUCCUCGACCACUACCUGGACGUGCCCGUGGACCUUAGCAAGGUUCUCUUCGUGUGCACCGCCAACGUCUUGGACACCAUCCCGGGUCCCCUCCUCGAUCGCAUGGAGGUGGUGCGACUGAGCGGGUACAUCGCCGACGAGAAGCGCGCCAUCGCCAGGACCUACCUCGAGAAGACGGCGAAGGAGCGAAGCGGCGUCGGAGAAAAGGAGGCUAGCAUCUCCGACGCGGCGAUGAACUCGCUCAUCGAGGACUACUGCAGGGAGGCUGGGGUCCGGAACCUCCAGAAGCACCUCGAGAAGAUCUACCGCAAGGUGGCGCUCAAGCUGGCCAAGGCGAAGGGCCCGGAGGCGUCCAAGAAAAUGGGCCAGGCGAGGAACAAGGUGGCUGCCGCGAAGAAGGCACUCGAGGCGAAGGAGGACGAACUCAAGAAGGCAAAUGCCAGCGCCAAGAGCAAGAAGACGGUGGAGGCGGCGGAGAAGGAGGUGGAGGACGCGAAGGAGGCCUUGGCCGCCGCGGAGGCUGCGGUGAUCGAGGUGAUCGAGUCCACCGCGGUGUCCGAUCCGAUCGUCGUGGACGCGGGCAAGGACCUGAUCGAGUACGUGGGCCAGCCCCCGUUCCAGACGGAUCGCAUCUACGACCAGACCCCGCCCGGAGUCGUCACCGGACUCGCGUGGACAUCCAUGGGCGGGAGCACGCUGUACAUCGAGUGCACGGCGAUCCACCAGAACGGCACGGACAAGAAAGGGGGUACGCUCACCACCACCGGUCAGCUCGGGGACGUCAUGAAGGAGAGCAGCUCCAUCGCGCACACCUUCGCGAGGUCCUUCCUCGCGAGGAGGUUCCCGGGAAAUACCUUCUUCGACGACAACGCCCUUCACAUUCACGUCCCGGCUGGCGCGACGCCCAAGGAUGGACCGAGCGCGGGUUGCACGAUGAUCACAGGCAUGAUCUCGCUCGCGACGGACAGGCCCGUCAAGCCCAACCUCGCGAUGACCGGCGAGGUGACCCUGACGGGUAUCGUGAUGCCCAUCGGCGGCGUCAAGGAGAAGACCAUCGCGGCGAGGAGGAGCGGGGUGACGACCAUCCUGUUUCCAGAGGGGAACAAGAAGGAUUGGGACGAGCUCAGCGACGACAUCAAGGAGGGACUAGAGGUUCACUUUGUGUCCACGUACGACGAGGUGUACAAGCAUGCGCUUUCGGUAGAGUGAAGAUGGGAGUUUGGGCUCAGCCGACGAUUCUUUAUUGAAACAAGUCAUUCGUUGUGCUCGAUCG